GUUACUAACAGCACCAGAAAACCCGCACAAUGACCGUCGAGUACGAAUGCGGUUUCAGCAUCUACCCUCCUCUCCCCCCAACACCCUCCAACCAGUCCCUCUACGCCCUCUUCCUCAACCGCUUCAGAACAACAUUCUCCUCACGAACCCAUCCCUCCAGCUCCAAACCGCUCCUCAUAGCCGACGUCGACACCGCUUUCUACUACUUCGCAUUCCCCAAGUAUCCCAAGAUCCCCGCCAAUCCUGAACACUGCAACUACUUUCUCGGUUUCCGUCUCAGCUUCGGAAGCGGUGGUUUACCACGAGAAGUAGGGGCCUUGAUCUUAGAUGAUAGAAAGCCAAUUUCUGUAUAAAGAAAAUGCUUCACGGAAGCUUCUGGCUGCGCUGUGAUGGCAACUCAAAUAAAUUAGGUACCAGAUGCCGCAACGCCUGCUGAUGAACCUUUGGAGUGCUAAAGUUCGUUACCAGUAAUCUUCCUAUCGAAAGCGGUACCCUCUGAGCCAUCGAACACGGGCUGUACUUAUCUGUGUCAGGUUUCUACUUAAGUUAUAUCAAUGGCAUACUCAACCCAGACUUAAGUACCGUUAGGCGAAGCGUAAAGCGUGCACUUGUGGCUUGAGUACUCUGCAACAUGGUUCCCAAGUCUGGGGCGCACGAGAUCCGAUCAUACAAG